AUGAAAAAAAUAACAGUACUAAGAGUAAGUUAUGUUUUUACUCAAAGACGAGAUAUAUUCUUUGAAACAAAAAAAAACAACGAGAGCAAAAUAUUAGUUUUCAAGACAUUUCAUCAUAGUUUGUUUACGCUACGCUCGCGAGACCGGGUUUUGUUCAGGCAGGCUCGAACACGUUCCCUGUGUUUGCGCAAGUUGUUAAAAAAGCCCGCCCUCGCAUCGGGGCGCCCAAUUACGGCGGCGACGUUGCUGAUUGGGCGUAAUCGUGUUAGCAUCGGAGACAAACAUGAUGAGCCCGAGCCCCCGGUUGUCGGUGCCGCGUAUUGGUGUCGCAGACCGCGUGAAGACAAGCUGGCCCAGGAUUUUACUUGCGAGCUAAUACAC